AUGGCUUCCGACGCCGUCAAUUCCCUGGCUUCAAGGCUCUCAGCCCUCGAACCGAAGCAGGAUGGCGCCGCAGCGGCUGAGAAGGCUGCCGAGUCGCCUGCAGAGGCACCACAAGCGCAGGAGGAGCAGACGGAGGAGCCUUCACUGCCCCAGGCUUCGUCGCUGCUCGAGAACCUGAGCCAUGAGGUCCAGGUCACCCUGGCCGACCAGCAAGCCGAUCCCAACUCGCCCCUCUUCUCCGCCAAGUCCUUCGAGGACCUGAACCUGCAUCCGGAUCUGCUGAAGGGCGUCUACAAGAUGGGUUUCCAGAAGCCUUCGAAGAUUCAGGAGAAGGCGCUCCCUCUGCUCCUCCAGAACCCCCCGCGGAAUAUGAUCGGCCAGUCGCAGUCGGGAACGGGCAAGACGGCAGCUUUCGCUUUGACGAUGCUUUCGCGGAUAGACAUGGACCUCAAGGUUCCUCAAGCCAUCUGCAUCGCGCCCUCUCGCGAGCUCGCCAUGCAGAUCCUCUCGGUCGUCCAGAAGAUGGGGCAGUACACGCCUGUCGAAUGUUUCUUCGCGGGCAAGGACUCAUGGCAACGAGGGAUGCCCAAGUUGACGCAGCAAAUUGUCAUUGGAACGCCGGGAACGAUGAUCGACAUGGUCACGAAGGGUCGGGUGCUCGACUUGAAGGAGGUCAAGGUGUUCGUGCUGGACGAAGCGGACAACAUGCUCGAGACCGGCAGCAUGGCGGAUCAGAGCAUUUCGCUCAAGAACCUCAUCACGAAGAUGGCCAAGAAGCCUCAGAUCGUCCUUUUCUCCGCUACUUUCGCCGACAUCGUCCGAACAUUCGCCGAGCGGUUCGCUCCCGGUGCGAACGAGAUCCGGCUGAAGCAGGAGGAGCUGUCGCUCGACGCCAUCAAGCAGUUCUUCAUGGACUGCGACAACGAGGGGCACAAGUACUUGGUUCUCGUCGAGCUGUACAACCUGUUGACCAUCGGCCAAAGCAUCAUCUUCGUCAAGCGUCGCGACACUGCCGACGAAAUUGCUCGCCGAAUGACUGCCGAGGGGCACAAGGUCGUCUCGCUGCACGGCAAGCUGGAAACAGCGGAGCGUGACGCGGUCAUGGAGUCAUUCCGAGAUGGCAAGACCAAGGUCUUGAUCACGACGAACGUCAUUGCGCGAGGAAUCGACGUCUCGCAGGUCAACAUGGUCGUCAACUACGACCUCCCGCUCGACGCGCAAGGUCGACCUGAUCCGGAGACGUACUUGCACCGUAUCGGACGAACGGGUCGCUUCGGUCGCCAGGGAGUGUCGAUCAACUUUGUCCACGACCGCCGCUCGUUCGAACACAUGGAGGCGAUCCGCGCAGCGCUCGGCAAGCCCAUCGUGCGCGUCGACACGUCCGACUUUGAGCAGAUGGAAAAGACGCUCAAGGCUGCGCUCAAGUCGUAG